AUGGAAUGGGGGGCCAGCGGAGGACAGAGCGGGGAGGGGAAAAGCGGGCCGAGGGACAGGGUGAAAGGUGAGAAACGAGGGUAUGAGGAAAGAGGGUCCAGGGCGCUGGGGAGUUGGGGAGACGAUGGAGAGACGGGUAGAGCAGCUUGGGCCGAGCUGCGGGGGUGGAAUCCAGACGCCGGGCGGGGGAGGGGGCGGCGGGACGGUGGGUGGGGGCCACCAGGCGGCGCCGGAGACCACCAAACUUUACAGCGAGCGAGCCUGCUUCCUGGAGGGAGUGCAGACAAGGACCAGGAGCGGGAGCCGAGCCUCGCGGCCCGGGGCACGUCGCCGCCCGCCCCUCCCCGGCAGUGCCUCCCGACCCCCUGCCCUCCGCUGGGACAUGGCCUGAGGCCCCGCCCGCCGCCCGGGACCCCUCCCCCACGCUGCCCUCGGACCCUCGCCCCAGGACCGCGGGGUCUCUUCCCGGCCCCGCCGCCCGCCCCGGCGAGAACAGGCCCGGCGGGCAAGGCGGCGGCGGACCGAGGGAGGCCUGGCCCGGCAGCGGGGAGAAGGGUGCGGCGCAGCCCGAGUUUCCCACCUUUUCUCCUGGCCCAGACGCGGCUGGGGCGGACGGGACCUCUCGCGCUCUGCCUCCUCCUCUUGCUUCAUGGAGCCAUGCGCCUGGGUGGGGGCUCCCGAGAGAAGCUGGCCUGCGGGCGGGCCGGACGCGCUGCGCGGACGGGGCGGGGCGAAGGAGGCCGGCGGGCGGAGGAGGAAGCGGCGGGGCGGCGGCGGCGGCGGCCGGGAAGAACUAGAGGUAUUCCCCGGGCGGCUGGAGGACUGAGUCGAGCCGGGACCCGAGUCCUCCGGUAUCCCAGCAGCCACCGGAGGCAGUGAGGUAAUGGAGGAAGAAUGUAGGGAGUCCUCCAGUGGACCACACUCCUUCUAGCGAGCCUCGGAAACCAUAGAGAUCAGGGCUCAGCCGGAGGGCCGGCCCACUGCUGUCACGUGGCCUCCAUCCGUGCGCUUUAUUGGCUGGUGCUGGCUUUACGGGGUUGAAUUUUGGACGCUGCCUGCCAUUCGUGGGACCGAGUUUCAGGCAGCUGGAAUAAAGAGAGACAUCGGGGGAAAGCCGCGAGAAGGCCAGCGUCCCUGGCUGGGAGCAGAGCUAGCCGAGUAGGGCGCCCGGCUGUCAAACUGGCCGGCGCAGUGCACGCUGGGCCGCCCCGGAGCGGUCGCAGAGCCCGUCGGGAGUCGUAGUCCGGGACGGGCCCGCGGCAUUGUCCGCGACGCAGCUCGGGAUCCGGGUCGGGUUGUCGGCUGAGUUGCUGCCGGGCACCGUCGAGCGUUAGCCACCCAGCAUUGAGCUGCCAGCGGCUGUUCUCCCUAAGCACCCUCGCUCACGUCGCCUCGCCUCGCGUCGCCUGACCGGCCGCAGCCUUGGAUACCAGCCUUGAAUCGAGCCGACUACGGCCCAGCCCCGCCCGCGGCGAGGUGCGUGGGGUUCGGUGCCAGCCGCUCGCCCUUGGCCGGGCCAGCCUCUUGCACCGGGGACGGGCGCGCCCAUCCGACUCUUCGAGGGGCGGCAGGGCCCCAUCUGUGUCUUUCGCUCUCGAGCCCCCAGCUAGAGUUGGCUUCAGCGGAAUACCUACUGUGCAGGAUUAUUCAACAAGCCGAUUGAUCACAUUCUUCAGCUCUAACAGUGCAAAGGCUUCACUGAAAAAGAACAUUACAAAUUUUUUUUGAAAGAAAUUUGGGGGUAAAUUUAAUUUUAAAUACUGAUUUUUGAUAACAUUUGAUCUUAUGAUAGCAUUUGUAUUUUUAAUUACAGAUAGGAUUACACUAAAAGUCAUUUCUGACCUGCGCCCUUACCCUUAUGGCUAAAAUAAACUGCUAGGCCCUGAAGCAAAGGCGAGCCAUGUUCUAGAGCAAUGUCUUUCUUGUAUUAAAAUACGGCCCCAUGCUCACAUAUAGGCUGUUUUGUGUUUUGCUUUUCUGUUGAUGCACAAAGGAAUCCUUGAUAUGUUUGUCCUCAAAGACCAAAGACAAGUAUCUAGUAAAAAAUGCAAAUCAUAUCUAACAGUGAAGCUUUCCAGCAAAAACCUUCUGCUCUAGAAUGCAUAAUUAUGCGAGCAUAAGAUCUACUACUCCAGACUUUUAGCAUAAUUACCUAUAGGCAGCAAAACCCUAGUCAAUUGAGUGUCUGGUACCUCUUGGACCUGGACUUCUCCAAGAGAAUGGGCAAGGAGGACGAAAAGGAAGAGACAGCUAUGCUUUGUGAAACAGGAGGUGACUUGAAAAAAAAUUCUAUAGUAGUCUUCUUAAUUCCUGUUACAGACUUGAUAUGCUUAUCUGCUGUUGAGGACACGGUUGCCAGUUUCUAACCUUCUCUGUCUGCCUGAAAAACUAGAAAUUAGAUGAUCAUAUGGCCUAGAGCCAGAAGUGCAGGAGGCAGAAAGCCAGGGGCCAGUUUUUUUCUUUUUGUUUCUGAAUAAGAAGGCCAAAUCCUGACUUAAAAUAAUCAAAAUAAAUUUUACGGAGUGACGGUCUUUCCAGCUGAAAACCUUAAAACAUGGCAUCUGGAAGAAGGCCUUAGUCUAUUGCUCCCAGGGUGGUACUAUAUAGUCAUUAAAUAGCCCACAGAUAAGGGAGUUAUUGCUCCCUCGUUAUUGGGCUGCCAGGAAUUAAAUGAUGGAACUAAGUUUCACUUGAAACAUUCCCAAAUUAAAACAAAAACAAGCCUUGCUUUGAGCUGUUGAAAAGGCAUUUUACUGAGAAGAUCCAGAUGCUAUUGCUGUUCUUAAAUGAUGUUGAAAGGCAAAGGGUCAGGACUUUCAAAAAGUCACUUUGAGGUCACCUCACAUAAGCAAGCAACAGUUUGAACUGAUGCAAAAACAAACAAAUUAUGAACAGGAGGAAGAAACUAAAAUGAGGGCAGUAUAUGCCAUAAAUAUGGAAGAGGCUGUCUCUUAUUUAUCUUCUCAUUUCCUGUACAUAAUACAGAAACCUGGUAUGUAAUAGGCAUACAAUUAUUUGUGGCUCAACUGAAUAAACGAAGAUGGAAACCAGCAAGCAGCGGGCAGAUAAUAUACUUGGGAAAGGAGAACUGCAGAGACGCUGGGUCGCUCAAGGCCUCUGCAUGAUCCUCAAAUGUCACCCCAAUCUGCUGUGACAUAGCUACACCACUCAUCAGAAUACCCCAAAACAAAUUGUCUGCCUCCCUUAUGUACAACUUUUAUCAUUUCUUAUCUCGGAUGGUUAAGAAUAUGUAGUAAUGGCCGGGCGCGGUGGCUCACGCCUGUAAUCCCAGCACUUUGGGAGGCCGAGGCAGGAGGAUCACCUGAGGUCAGGAGUUCGAGACCAGCCUCAACAUGGAGAGACCCCGUCUCUACUAAAAAUACAAAAUUAGCCGGGCGUGGUGGUGCAUGCCUGUAAUUCCAGCUACUCGGGAGGCUGAGGCAGGAGAAUUGCUUGAACCUGGGAGGCAGAGUUUAUGGUGAGCUGAGAUCGCGCCAUUGCACUCCAGCCUGGGCAACAAGAGCGAAACUCCAUCUCAAAAAAAAAAAAAGAAUAUGUGGUAAUGGUUAAGAGUCCACUGUGGAAUCAGCCUGCAUAGGUCCAAAUCCCAGCCCUGACUGAAUACCUGUGAACAAGUUAUAUCAGUGACUCAGGCUUAUUAUCUGUAAAAUGGGGAUUAUAGCAUUCCUGCCUCGUAGGGAUGUUAUGAGAUUUAAAUACCAAUAAGUCUGUACAUUAUAAACCUUAUCAGAUUGGCGUGGUGAAAAUGCUCAGUAACUGAGCCUCGUGAGCAUUAGAAUGUUGAGAUCAGCAUGAAGUUAGCCUGUAUACUGGGCAUACACAUUCUUCUGGAUUUGCUCCUUUUGUGAGCAAUCAAUAAUGAGCUAAAGGCAUUUGCUAACUAGUAGGAAUGAAAUAAGGUUUCAGACAGGAUCUUGGUGGGUGAUGUAGAUUUUAUCUGUCCCAUUUGUCCCAUUUCUCAACUUGAAGUGAGUCUGGCCUUGGUCUGCAUCUGUGCUCUCCCCUUCACAAAAGGCAGGCCCAGAGAGACUCCAGAGAUGGCCCCUGUCUCCUGUGUGUCCUCCGCCGCUGUGUCCACUUGGGCACGUCAAAGGUAUGAUCGGUACUUAUCUGAUUAAAACAGAUCUUUGUAUAUA